AUGGAGGACGAUUUAAUCGAUCUGAAUAUCGAUUUAAAUCGCGCAAUAGAAGAAGAAAUGUAUAAUUAUGAAGAAAAUUUAGAGAAUCAUAGAGAAGUAUACGACGUUGAAGAUGAAAGCACAUCUCAGCAAGUUAUGGUUGCAGAUCAUUGUACUGAAGAAGGUUCAAUAAUACAUUCAAUUGAUACAAACCACAACAUCUUUGAAAAUCCAAAUAAUGAGCAACAACAAAACAUUGAUAAAGAAUUAGUUGGCAAUUUAAUUGGAGAAGCAAGGAAAACAACCGAUGAGAUUUAUGAUCUAUAUUGCAAACAUGCUGCUAUUAUUGAACUCAAAAAUGAAGAUGAUCAAUCAGAUGGAAAGAAGAAAGAAAGGAGAAGGAGAGUGAUGAUAACAAGAACAAAAUAUGAAGCUCAGAUAUUUGCAAAGAAGAAUGAGAAUGGAGAUUUUGAAAUAGAAAAGCAUGUAGUGGUUCAUAAUCACCCAUUGACAAGAGAAAUAAGUAAUUAUCUCCACCGAUCGGAACGACAAAUGACAGAGCCUAAACAAGAAGCUAUUGAGGCAAUGUCAGAACGUAGUCUAAGACCAAUGGAGUCUUAUAGAUAUAUGUUAACAGAAACUGGUGGAGAAGACGAUGUAGGUCAUACGAUGAUUGAUCAUCUAAACUACUUCUACAAGUUAAAAAUGAAGCAAAUUGAUGGCAAGGAUUCACAAACACUAGUGAACAAACGGUAUGACUUACAAUCAAUAGAUCCUGAGUUCUUUUUCAGAUUAAGACUCAAUGAUGAAGGAAAAGUUGAGUGUCUAUUUUGGAGGGAUUCAAUGAUGAGAGAAGAUUACAAAAUAUAUGGAGAUGUUCUAGUUUUUGAUACUACAUUCAGAACAAAUAAGUACAAUCUCACAUGUGCUCCAUUUGUUGGUAUCAAUAACCAUUGGAAAAACACAAUGUUUGUUUGUGCUUUCAUUGGGGAUGAAACCACUGAUUCUUUCGUUUGGGUGUUUGAAACUUUUCUGAAGGCUAUGGUAGGAAAGCACCCUGUAUCAAUUUUCACUGAUCAAGAUGCAACUAUUGCUACUGGAAUAGAACAUGUACCUCUUCAUAUAUUAUAG